AUGUCUCUUAGUCAGGCAACGGGCUCAGGUCUUACCCGUUACCAUGUUUGCAAUAUGCAUUUUCGUACCCGCCCAGAUGGGGCACUUAUGCGUCAUGGGGGAAAAGUUAAGGGUUCUGAGUGUCCCGGCUCUCUCGCCAGGCCUCCGGUGGUGCUAAAACGUAUGUUUUUGGGAAAUGCUGGUAAUCUUUCUAUAAAAAAAAAUCAUGUUGUGCUUGCCCCAAAAUGCGACAUGGCGGAUGAAUUUUUUUCUAGAUCUGCCAAUUUUUGUUUGCAUGAUCAUCUUCCCAAGCAGUGCAGACCCAAAUUUAGUCAGGUGUUGGCCAAGGUUUUGAAAGAAAUUAUCGAAAAACCUCUUUCGCCUCCAAGUUGGUAUAAGCUGUUGUUUCUGCCCUCAAUGGUUCUGAGGAGGAGUCCUCGAGGGGGUAAACGUCACAACCCAACAGGUGUUAUUACCCAGAGAUUGGAUGCAUUCGGCGGUUGUUCGGUGGAGAGAAUGGUGGAAUCCUUGGAGCCUGUUGUUAAGUAUAGCAAAAAAGUUUCAGCCGAAGCUAAAAUGAUUUUAUCCGUUAGAUCCAAGAUUGAAAAAGGAAACAUUCGAAACGCGCUACAGCUAUUGUCUUCAACAGAUUCAGUUGUACCGGUUACGGAAGAAACCAUAGGUUCCCUAAGGGAGAAACAUCCAAACGCUCCCUCAAACAGAAAGGAAUGUCUACCCAAAGAGGCUUCAAGCUUAACGGUUAAUUCACAACAGGUGCUGCACUGUUUAAAGUCUUUUCCUAAGGGAACUUCUGGCGGCAGAGAUGGUCUCACGCCUGUACAUCUAAGAGAUGUUACGUCUUCAAAAGCAGACUCUUCUGAUCUAGUGAAUUUGAUUGCCUCAUUUGUCAAUCUGAUUCUAAGCGAGAACUGUCCGCCAGAGGCUCUUUCCUAUUUUCUUGCAAUAAACGUAAUAUUUUCUGGAGUGAAAAAUUGGAAAAAUUUAAGUUUAUUAUGUUCUCAAAAAGAGUGGAACGCUCCAUUUAUCAGCAGCUCAGUUGCUAAGCUGCUGGAUUUGAACCAAUCAAAUUUUGAUAAAACCAGGAUAAUGGCUGUAAAAAGUGAGUUGGGAUCAUCUUGGUUGAAGGCGGUCCCAAAUUCCGCCUGUGGUACCAGGCUGGACGACUCUUGUGUUCGUGUCAUUUUGGGACUGAGACUCAGUUUACCCAUUUUAACCGAGUAUGUUUGUUUAUGUGGAGCCAAUGUUGAACCCCUGGGCUACCAUGGUCUUUCGUGUCGAUUGGGCCCUGGUAGACAGGCUCGACACUCGGCCAUGAACGACUUUUUGGUCAGGUGCUUUCAGAGGGCAAACAUACCCACAAUUAAAGAACCCACGAAUCUUAUGGAGAAAGGUAGCCUCAGGCCCGAUGGAUAUACUAUUUCACCAUGGGCGCAGGGACGUUCCCUUGCUUGGGAUGUUACGUUCCCUCACACCAUGGCUGAAAGGUACAUUAAUUGUACCUCACAGGAGGCGGGUGCCGCUGCCUUAAGAGCCGCAGACUUUAAAAAUUCAAAAUAUGCGGCUCUUGCAGAAAGCAAAAUUUUUCAGCCAGUCUGCAUUGAGACCUUUUGUCCAACCGAUGCUAGACUCAGAGUUUUCUGA